AAAGUAUCUGUAUUUUCUGGGAACAGUGUGUCCUAUAAAUGGUAACAGAGUGAAUAUAAUUAUCCCCUUUCUUCCAUAGGAUUGGCUCAAAACCUAUUCCAAGCUGUGCCAAUCUCCAUUCAAUCAAUUGUCUUCAACAUCUUCUUUCUUUCUCAGGGCUUUGAUUUGAAGGUAUACGGGCUGAUUUAUGGCGUCGAAGCGCAUAUUGAAGGAGCUUAAGGAUCUCCAGAAGGAUCCUCCCACAUCAUGCAGCGCUGGUCCAGUGGCUGAGGAUAUGUUCCAUUGGCAAGCAACGAUCAUGGGGCCUACAGAUAGCCAUUACGCUGGAGGUGUAUUUUUGGUCUCAAUCCAUUUCCCUCCUGAUUAUCCUUUCAAGCCUCCAAAGGUUGCAUUUCGAACUAAGGUUUUCCACCCUAACAUCAAUAGCAAUGGAAGUAUAUGUUUGGAUAUACUUAAAGAGCAAUGGAGUCCGGCUUUGACCAUAUCUAAGGUCCUGUUGUCCAUCUGCUCUCUAUUGACAGAUCCAAACCCAGACGAUCCACUUGUACCAGAAAUUGCUCAUAUGUACAAGACUGACAGGGCCAAAUACGAGACCACUGCUCGUAGCUGGACGCAAAAAUACGCUAUGGGAUGACGGCAAGAUUGUCCUCGGGUGUCUGAGACACUUCCAAUUCAACGACUUCAUUUUGCUCACUCCUAAGUGCAGUGUCUUCAUUGUGCUUUGGAUGAAAGAACAAAAUGUUGGUAAGGAAAUCAGUUUACGUAGACUCUCCUAUCAUGUCAAGGUUGUUGAGACCGAGAUCUUUCAAUAUGUGAAUAUCUAUUUGUUGAAUUUUAGUGAGGGGAGAACCAGAAAUGUAAUUUUACUUUUGCUCCUUCCUACGUUUUUGUUAUUUGAAUGUCUUGUAUGGGUGCUAUCUUUUGAGUGGCAAAAAUUCCAGUGGUUAAACUGCAACUAUUCUCCGUAUGAGACCAUUUUUCUGUGAA